GAAGCAACAAGCUAAAAACCUUCAAAUUUCCCACCAAAAUAAAAUGAAAGAAGAAAAUUACGACUUGUUCGUUAAAAUUUUGCUGGUCGGUGAUUCUGGCGCUGGAAAGACUUGUUUAAUUUUACGAUACACAGACAAUGAAUAUAAUGAUACAUAUCAAAGUACAAUAGGAGUUGAUUUUAAAAUUAAGAACAAGUUAAUGCAAAAUCAAAAGGUUGCUAGAAUGCAAUUGUGGGAUACAGCUGGACAAGAACGUUUUAAUAGUAUUGUUGUUUCAUACUAUAGAGGUGUAAAUGGUAUUCUAGUAGUUUUCGACUUGACAAAUGAAACUAGUUUCCAAAAUACAACCAAAUGGAUUCAACAAAUUAAAUCCAAUGCUCAAGAGAAUGCUCUUAUUACACUUGUAGGUAACAAGAGUGAUAUGGUUCAUAGAAGAGUAGUUGAUCGUAGCAGAGCUGAAGAAUUAGCAAAGAAAUUUAAUAUUCCAUAUUUUGAAGCAUCAGCAAAGGAUGGUUCUGGUGUAAAAGAACCAUUUGACAAUAUGUUGGAUCGUUUAUAUCAAGCAGGUAAUUAUGCUGAAAGUGAAUUUAAUAGAAGAAAGAAUAAUUCUUCGGAGACUGGAACAAAGACUGUGACCUUAGGAUCUCAACCUCAAUCACAUCCUUCAUCAGGGAAGUCAAACAAUUCUGGAAGUGGAGGAGGUGGAUGUGGAUGUUAAUUAUUUGGUGAUAAUUUAUCAUAUUUUCCUUGUAUAGAUUAGAAAUUUUGGAAAUUCAUUCAAAAUUAUGUACAUAAAAUUAUUGUGACAUCUUGU